AUGGAAUAUAACAAUUCGACCGAAUUUCUUUUGGGAAAUGCCCUCUUGGAGAUUUAUCACUCUGCGGUGUAUAAUGUUCCCUUGAGGCAAGUGGUAGCUGCUAUCCUUGUUCUGGUCCUGUGUGCUUCGUGGUACCGGAAACCGUCUACUGGCCUUGAGGUGCCUUUUGCAGGAUUUCGCUCGUCAUGGGAGCCACGCUUCUUCUCUCAGUUUCGUUACAUGUUCUCCGCCGCAUCAAUGAUCGAUCAAGGCUACGCAGAAUGUAAAGACUCCAUGUUCCAGAUUUCACGGCACGACGGCGACGUGCUCGUCUUGUCUCGGAAUUAUCUAGAGGACCUUCACAACAGACCCCCCGCGGAGCUCAGUGCAAUUCACGGCUUAAUAGAGAAUUUUGGUGGCCGUUAUAGUGGCAUCACGUUGCUAGCAAAACACGACGUCGGCAUCCGCGCGCUUCAGGCAAAAAUCACACCCAACCUUGCUAAGCUGUGCGAUGACAUGACAGACGAGCUCGAGUACUCUCUGCGCACCGAUCUACCGCCCUGUCACGAAUGGACGUCAGUGCCGAUUCAACCAUUCUUUCUGAGGGCAGUCGAACGGAUAGUCCACCGAAUAUUUGUAGGAUCGACUCUAUGUCGAGACCCCGAGUGGCUGAAAGCGGCGUUCGGACAUGCGGACAAUGUAACGAUUACCCAAAUCGCCAUGAGAUCUGUUCCAACGGUCUUGCGGCCACUGUUGAAUCUUUGUCUCCCAUUUUCCUGGAAAUACAAAGCCUGUAUUCGCGCAGGCAAGAAGAUACUCAUACCCGAAGUGGAACGUCGUCGAGAGCUCGAGAGAAGCGGCGUCGAUUAUUUGAAAUCCAACGACUUGCUGCAAGCCAUGCUGGAGAUGACAAGUCCCGAAGACGAGGACGGUCAACCCGACACCCUUGCCAACUUGAUGAUGACCAUGACGGCCAUUGCUGGCCACAGCACCGCCGCAUCGGGAUCCCACGCGCUUUUCGACCUUGUCUCUCGCCCCGAGUAUAUAGACUUGCUACGUCAAGAGGCGGAAACCACGCUGACAGCAUGUGAAAUGCGCUUCACAAAGCAAACCUUGGCCGAUUUGCGCAAAAUGGAUAGUUUUCUGAGAGAAUCCCAGCGCCAUAAUCCCCUUUCUCUGUUGGGAUUUCUUCGCGUUGUCAAGGCACCAGCCGGCAUCACGCUCCAGGACGGCACGCACGUCCCAUACGGCGCGCAGCUCUGCAUUCCGCCAGCCUCCAUCUCCCGGGACCCAGAGAUCCUAGACGACGCCGAAUCGUUUGACGGUCUCCGUUACUACGAGCAGCGCCGCCAGGACCCGAGCCAGGACAAAAAACACCAGUACGCGACUGCGGACAAAGUUCACCUGCAUUUCGGCUACGGCAAGUGGGCUUGUCCAGGGCGUUUCAUGGCAUCCGACAUGCUCAAGAUGAUUCUGGCCACGCUGUUACUGCGCUACGAUAUCAAGUAUCCCGAGGGGACGGGACGGCCAACAAACGGAUACAUUCACGAGUUCCCGUUCCUCAACAUCAACACCCCGCUGCUGAUGAAAAGGAGGGACGAGAUGCCUUUCGUAUAG